AUGAACCUACAGCUUCUCAAGAGACCUCAGCCUUUGCCUCGAUUGAUAGAGGAGAAGGAUGGAGUGCACGCCCAAUGGGGAGUUAAGGCAUUUUUCUACAGAAAAAAGGGCUUUCCUCUGUGGUCAUUCAAAGCUCAAGCACGAGUUCGAUACUCAUCGCUGGUUAUUACAGGGCAAUUUCCAAAACGUUGCAAAGAAAUACCACUGAUUGACAUUGGCUACGUUGAGGACGAAGGUGACAUUCUCGAUGUCCGUGGAUGUAAUUUUCGCCUCUUGCUAUUUGGAAUCGAUAACAUCGUGCAGAUACGAGAUUGGCUCCGAUUUCUUAUCAUCCGGCAACGAGUACCACAUUCCAUUCUAGGGAAACCAUUUGAAUGGCAAAUGCAACCUGUCAAAAACAAUAAGCAACUGAAGAUCUCCAUCUUUUCACCACUCAACUGCUUCCGUCUUUUCUCAUAA